AGAGAGAGAGAGAGAGAGGGAGAGUAAAGAGAGAGAAAAGAAAGGGAGUAACAUUGGUCACGUCGAAACAGUGAAUCAUCGGUUCUCUAUCUUUUUCUCUCCUUUGUGAUCCUUUCAACGUUAACGAGCUACUACCUCCUCUUCUUCCGUUUUUAUCCACGAUCUUGAAGCUUUCUACGGAUUCAUAGGAAUCAAAGGAACAUUCGUGAAAUAGAUCAUCAGGAAUAUGCGCAACACCUCGAAAGUAACGAAAGGCUCGAUGACGAGCGGUAUUCCGGGAGUUCCGGAAAAUAUAACGGUGAUGUUCCUAAACCCGACGUCCGUCCGUGUUUCUUGGAGCACCAGCCAGGUCGAGCAAGUUGAAAAGUACGACGUUACGUAUAAACCGACGGACGCCAGUUACAGGGUGGUGGCGGUGGUCGCAGGAAAUAGCGAAGCAGUUACGUUAAGUGGUUUAAGGGCCGACACGCAGUACCAACUAGUAGUCACUGCCGUGAGAGCAGGGAAAAAGUAUAGAAGUCGACCAAUCGUCUUCCGUACGCUCGAACCUCCGCGGUCCUUUCCCCAGCAGGAUGCAGCAGUAACAAAUGGACCACUUCCUCCGUCUCCGCCGUCUUCUCAGCAGCCGCAACCUUACAUACAAAUACGAGGCGUCGAAGUUGGUAUAGUUAUACUGGUGCUGAUAGUCUGGGCCGGUGCUAUAGCUCUCUUCUUUAAUCGUUGGGGUAAAAUUCGCAUGUUGUUGCCGUAUCAACCGGAUUACAAGGAACAAUUGAAAGUUCCUGGUACCGGCGUUUGUACGGCGACCAAUACGGCGUAUCCUCAACAUUCGACUCAGCACACGUGUUCCCAGCAUCAGCACUGGUCGAGUCAUCACGUGGACUCUUUGGACAGUGGCAGUGGUUUAGGUUGGCCAAGACCGACAAGGCCACGUGUCAAUAGUGCCAUCGAUGUCGCUGGCUUCCUUUCACAGGAAUUCCUCCGACGACAUGGGUCCACGUCAAAGUUAUGUCGAAAGGUUCGCAGUGCGGAUAAUUUGCCAUUGGCCUCAGCGAAUCGCCAAACUCAUCAACGAAGAAGUUCAAGAAGCGAAGGAAACGAAGGAGAUCGAGAAUCUUUUUUGAAACCUAGUCAAGAAGAUCAAGAAAGAUAUGAAACUACGAGCCCAAAAAGACAAGGCAGUCCUGAAAGUGGUUCCAAAGAUCUCACUGAGACAUCUUUGCUGGACUCGAAUUAUCAGCAACCAUCGUCGAGGGACUCGCCGGUACCACCGACGACGACGACAUCGUUGGUAGCGAAACGAUUCAGUGGUUGGCGCGUACCAGGAAGUCACGAAUACGUCAAAUGUCCUAUUCAACAGCCGGUCUCAAUGGACGAACGAUGUUAUCGACGGUCAUGCGAGCCAGAGAGCGGUCUUUUAUCGAGGCAUCAUCAUCAUCGGCAUCACCAUCAUCAUCGUCUCGAUGGCGAACACUAUUCGAAGAGUUACGAUUAUACCAGACGUACUCCAGAAUCUAGCAUAGACGUGAAACACUUUGGACUGCCGAUUUUGAGCGUGAGCGAGCCCAGCCCACCGGAUGAGGAUGGUCGAGUUGAUGAUUAUUUGUAGGACUUGCUUGCCGAGGAUUUCCUCAAGGAACUCCUCGUAUGAUACCACCAUCUCUUUUUCUCUCUCUCUUUCUUUUUCUCUCUCUCUCUCUCUCUCUCUCUCUCUCUCUUUUCUCUCUCUCUCUUUCUCUUUCUAUAUACCUUAAAUGAGCAACAUGUUAUUACACGAGUAGCCACAAAUAUAAUAUCGUUUGAAAUGAUACACGGCUAUAAGUAAAUAUGUACCGAUGUGAAUAUAAUUUCACAUGGUAUAAUGAAAAAAAUGAGAGGUUAUAAAAUUAGAAAAAAAAAAUAUUGCAACUAAUUCGAUUAUAUUGCAUAAAAUAAAAAAAUUUAGGGAUGGAAAUAUUUAUAACAAUUAUUUCAAAAUAAUCUACGAUCUAAAUGAGAAUAUCAAAUAACAAGGUUGCUCCUCGUCUCUAUAUUAUAUGUAUAUUUCUCUUAAUUUCUUCAUUACUUGAAAUACGAUCGUGUUUUUCAAGAUCAAGUUUAACGUUCUCCCUUCGAAGAUAAAACAAGAAUCGAUUUUUCUUAAGAAAUGAUAAAUAAGUGUACGAUCGAUUCAUCUUGAUUAGUAUUUCAAGAAUCUUAGCUCGAUCUAUUUGAUGAACCGUUCGUGUAUGUUUGAGGUACUAUAAAUAAUUAGGACAAAUAUUUAAGAUAAACUUGGCACCGUAUUUUCGUCAUCAUGGAACAAACAUGAAAGAAUACUUAUACAUAUAUACAUAUACAUAUAUAUAUAUGACAUCAUUUUAAUAUAUAUAAUAUAUAUAUAUGUAUGUAUUAUUACAUAAAAAUUAAUAUAUAAUUAUAAAACUUCAAAAAAAGAAGCCAAAAUAGUACUUCUCGUAAUUCAUUCAAAUUCAAUUAAAAAAUAAUUUUGUCCGCAAGGACAAAACAUCAUAGCUGUUUUUCGAUUAAAAAAAAAAAAAGGUAGAAUCGCACGACAACGACGACGAACGAAAUGUCUAUGGGCGUCCAAUCGCAUCACUUUCGUUCGAAGAUAAAAAAAUGGAUUUUAUUCUUCAGAAAUAAAGGAAAAAAAAA